AUGAAGUUCACCCACCUCAUUUGCUAUAUUUUCCUCUCUCUCAAUGGUGUGCAGGCCGCUACCCUGAACGGGCCUUGCAUAAGCAGCGACGGUAUGCCUGGGGUCUGCAUGUCUGCCCUCUCCUGUGCUGAAGCCGGCGGAAACCCCAUCUCCGACGCCUGUCCUGGACUCCCCCAGGGCAUACAAUGUUGUACAAAGACUCCAUGUGGCAGUGGCGGUGAUUGCCGGUUUAUAGCGGACUGCUCUAGUGGGAACAUUCAACCCGGCCUUUGCCCCGGGCCUUCAAACUUCCAGUGCUGCAUGCCUGAAUCUGGUGGAUGUACAUUCCCCCCACCAAAGAUUCCAGCCGUUGGAAAAUGCAAGCAAACGGCCGUGGAUGGCGCAAAGAUGAUCGUAAAAGCCCACCCUGGUUUUGUCAGAGAGGUCUUCUGCAUCCGAGAUUGCCCUUGCCCCAGUAAAAGCGACCAUUGCUGUGGCCUUGCAACCGACAUGAUGUGCACAACUAAGGCUGGUAAACGGGAUAGAGACUUCUUUGGCCGUUUAAUGGCCGAGUGGGUUAUGUACAAUCGAAAGGCCCUCAACCUGAAGUAUGUCAUCUGGGGACAAAGGAUUUGGAACCCAUCCAUAGACUCCGAAUGCCCAUGGACUCUAUGGAGGCCUAUGGAGGAUCGUGGAUCCAUCACCCAGAACCACUGGGACCAUGUUCAUGUCAGCUACAACGGCUAG